AUUAUACUGAGGUAUAUAGUUCUAUUUCUCUGUUACAAUUCCUACAAAUUUGAUUUUUACAUUUUUGUAUUUUUAUUCGGAUUUUUAAGAUUUUUUUUUAAUUUUUUUUAUCUUUGUAUCAAUUUAGCAGUGGCUUGAUUGAUUAAGACUGAUGAAUAUCGUUUGUUAAUUAUAUCUUAUAUUAUCCGCUUGAAUGUUGACAUUUCAAUUUCGUAAUUGCAUUUAAGAUUUGAGGAUGAUUUUGAUUUGAUAUAAUUUUUAUUUUCAAAUUGUGCAUUUUAAUAUUGCGAAUUGUUGACGUAAACGAAAUAAAUUGCAUAUGAGAUUACGUGAUGAAUGUUCAGUAACUUGGUCCAAUUAAUGUUAGUUUGACUUUUUAGGUUAACAAUGGGUAAAUUUCAGUAUAAUUGAUCAGACUAUGUUAGUAGUGCAUUGUAUUUGUAAUAGUUUCGAUUACUUUUUGAAUUUUUUUUGUAGAUUUUAGUCUGAUUGGUUUUUGUAUGCUUUUAGGUGAGGAAGACAAAGACUUUUUUUGCGUACAACUCAAUUUUAAUAUUAAAGAAGACUUAGAAAAGUAUUUGUUGAAGAAGUUUGAUCUGUUCUGUUUAGUCCACUAUCUCUUUUGCUUUCUAGAUUACAUUUGGGUACAUAUAUUGCCGUUUGUUUGAUUAGUUCGUGAAUCAGUGUAGUUAUUUUUAUCAUAAUUCAGGUAUGUAUUUGACACAAUAAGCAUUUUGUUGCAAUAUUGGCUUGAAAGCUUUGAGCUCGGCUUGAUUUGUGAAGCUAUAUUGUUGUUCAUUCUCAAUUAGGAGUUGUUUGAGUGGUUUUAGUGAAGUUUGGUUGCAAUUUGUUUUUCAUGUUUGUCUUGUUGAUAUUUUUUUUGGCUUUGGUGUAUUUUAUUUGGAGAACUGGAUAGGCAGAAGAUAUAAUGGGAGGUAGAAGUUCGAAAAAUUCAUCAAGGAGAUCUUUUUCCUCUUCAUAUGAGCAUGAUUUGAGUCGAAGCUAUGGGUAUCCACCACCGUCUCCAUAUCAAACACAGCCAUCUUACCAGACACAACCAACUUAUACGCCUCAUCAUCCUCGGUACGCACCUUCACCAUCACCAUCACCUCGUAGUUAUGCUCCACCUCCUCCAAGCAAUACACGUCCUAAGAAGACAUUAGAAAGGAAAUAUUCGCGGAUUGCGGAUAAUUACCGCACCUUGGAUGAGGUUACUGCAGCUCUUGCACGCGCAGGUCUCGAGUCUUCCAAUCUAAUUGUUGGCAUUGACUUUACUAAGAGCAAUGAAUGGACAGGUGCAAAAUCAUUCAAUAGGAGAAGUCUUCAUCACAUUGGAAAUGAAUUAAACCCCUAUGAAGAGGCUAUAUCAAUUAUCGGAAAAAGUUUAUCUGCAUUUGAUGAAGACAAUUUGAUCCCAUGUUAUGGAUUCGGAGAUGCAUCGUCCCAUGACCAAGAUGUUUUCAGUUUCUACGGUGAUGAUAGAUACUGCCAGGGAUUUGAGGAAGUUCUCUCGCGGUAUAGACAGUUGGUUCCCCAGCUUCGGCUUGCUGGGCCUACCUCAUUUGCACCCGUUAUCGAAAUGGCCAUGACUAUUGUUGAACAAAGUGGUGGUCAAUAUCAUGUUUUGUUGAUUAUUGCUGAUGGGCAGGUCACAAGGAGUGUUGAUACACAUCAAGGCAACCUUAGUCCACAAGAACAGAGGACAAUUGAGGCAAUAGUUCAAGCAAGCGCAUAUCCUUUGUCAAUAGUGCUGGUUGGUGUGGGGGAUGGCCCUUGGGACAUGAUGAGGGAGUUUGAUGAUAACAUUCCUUCUCGGGCUUUUGAUAAUUUCCAAUUUGUGAAUUUCACUCAAAUCAUGUCGAAGAAGGUGAACACGUCAAUAAAGCAAGCAGAAUUUGCACUCUCAGCCUUGAUGGAAAUACCUUCUCAGUAUUUAGCUACUCUUGAACUCGGCAUAUUGGGUCGUAAAACUGGACAAUGUCCGGAUAGGGUUUCUCUUCCUCCACCUAGAUACGAUGCUCCUUCUGGACGCAGUGGCACAAAAUCAUAUUCCCGUUCAAGUAGUUUUCAGCAGAGUGCUCCGACUUAUCCUCAACCGGCAACUAGAGUUGGCACAACUUCAUCAUCGACUACUGCUUAUAAAGGUCCUGCAUCAUCCACAGCUCCUUCCUCAACUUCUGCUUAUGAAAACCAGCUAUGUCCCAUUUGCAUUACAAGUAGUAAAAAUAUGGCUUUCGGCUGUGGGCAUCAGACAUGCUGUGACUGUGGAGAGUUUCUGGAUGCUUGCCCAAUUUGUCGACGUUCAAUUGAGAUGAGAAUAAGGCUUUACUGAUAAUAUUUCAGUUGAAGUUUCCUGGGUGGUAGCAUUGGCCAGUGGUAGUACAAAUUAUUUUCUAAAGAUGUGGUUUAAUGAUUGACAGGGAGUGUAGAUGGGCGAUGAAUGGUGUUGCGAGUUAGCGUGUUGGAUUCCGGUUCUGGCGAAUGAAUCAGUUGUAUAUCAGCUCGUAAAAUUUUUGAGGUUUUUAUCAUUUGUUCAUUGUGGCCUAAUUUGUUCUUCUGUUGGUCUUUCACCUUUCCCCCUUGCAGUAAUUUAGCUCUUUGUUGACAAAACCACAGAUUGAUGUAAAUAGUCUUCUUGUAUUUGUUACCAAAUAAGGUAAGAACAAUAUUUAAUGGUCUUAAAAUAAACGCAAAAUGUAUUUUCAUUAUGGCAUGAGAGAAACACAAAGUAUAUGGUUGAUUCGACUCAAA